CCAUGGGCUCGGUCGUGGCGCUGGUUGCUCUCUCCCUGCUCCUACCGGCGCAGGCCUUUUACUUGCCGGGUGUUGCACCAAGAGCAUUCAAAGAUGGCGAGCCUGUCAAGAUGAAGGUUCAGACUUUGGUGAGCACUGAGACUCCGCUGCAGUUCGACUACUAUCAGCUUCCUUUCUGCCAACCAAGGAGGGUCCAAGAUUUGCCUGAGAACCUCGGAGAGGCUCUGGCUGGCGAGAAGGCUCACACCUCCGCUUACAAGGCGCGUGUGCGCGUGAAUGAGUAUUGCAAAGUCCUCUGCCGCAAGACCUACACCCCCAAGCAAAUGGAAGAGUUUCAGGAUUUUGCCAUUCUUGAGUACCGUGUGAACAUGCGAUUGGACAACCUCCCUGUGGCUGAGAUGAUCAACUUCGCUUAUGAGGACAAGCCCGACAAGACCAUGCAGAUUUACAAUCUUGGCUAUCCCGUUGGUGGCAAGCUUGCUCCGGAAGAUGGUUCCAAGAAAACGUCGCAAAGCACCGACACAUAUGUCUUGAACAACCAUUUGCGCUUCAAGAUCAAGUAUCACCCUGUUGACACUGGAGAUGGCAUCACCUCCGAGGGUGAGCGAGGCAACUACAUUGUUGGAUAUGAGGUCAUUCCUUUCUCCAUCAAGCACACCUACUACGGAAAGUGGAAUCAGUCGGCCGUGCCAUACCAUCCCCUCACUACCUGUGCUGGAAGCCCUCCAAAUGGUCGUUUCGAACGCCAUCAGCCACAGGUCAUUGACCCUGCUGAGGGCGGACAGGUCAUCUGGACUUACGACGUUGAGUGGGAGCUCAGCGAUGUCAAGUGGGCUUCACGCUGGGACGUUUACCUUCAGAUGACUGAUGAUAACAUUCACUGGUUCUCCAUCGUCAACUCAUUUGUCAUCCUCAUCUUCCUCACCGGUAUUGUUGGGUUGAUUAUGACCCGCAUUCUCCGCAAGGAUUUUGCCAGAUACAACGAGGUUGCUCUUACUGAGGAAGAACUUGCGGAGGCCAAUCGUGAGAUGCGUGAGGAGACUGGCUGGAAGCUCGUCUACGCGGAUGUCUUCCGUGCUCCUCCUUUUGGAAGACUCCUCAGUGUCAUGACGGGAUCUGGGCUGCAGCUGUUCAUUAUGACUAUCCUGACCCUUCUGUUCGCUACCUUGGGAUUCUUGUCUCCAGCCAACCGCGGAGCACUUCUCUCCUCGGUCCUCGUCUUCUUCGUGUUGAUGGGCCUUCCAGCUGGCUACAUGUCGGCUCGUUUCAGCAAGAUGUUCAAGGAGGACAACCAUUUCCAGACAGCCCUUUGGACUUCUACCAUCUUCCCUGGAGUCUGCUUUGCCGUUUUCUUUGUGGUGAACCUUGUCGCUUGGGCGAAGCGAUCGUCGACUGCAGUUCCUUUUGGAACUCUCGUGGUCUUGGCUUUGUUGUGGUUUGGUGUUUCUCUGCCGCUCGUAUUCUUCGGAGCCUUCCUGGGAUACAAGAAGGACCCGAUGACUGUCCCAGUGCAGACUAACCCCAUCCCCCGUCAGAUUCCUCCCCAGCUCUGGUACCUGCAACUUCCAUCUUCCAUUGUAAUGGGAGGACUUCUGUCCUUUGGAGCUGUAUUUGUCGAGAUGUUCUUCAUUAUCUCGUCCAUUUGGCAGCACCGUUUCUAUUACAUGUUUGGAUUCCUUGCACUGGUCUUCAUCAUCCUCAUCGUUACCUGCGCUGAGAUCACCAUCGUCUUGUGCUACCUCCAUCUGUGCGCUGAGGACUACCGAUGGUGGUGGAGGUCAUACUUGACCUCUGGUGCUGUCGCUUUCUACAUGUUCCUUUAUGGAGCAUACCACUACUUCACCAGAGCUCACCCUUCGGCUCACUUUGACUCUCUCGCAUCGAGCGUCUACUUUGGAUAUCUGUUCAUCUUCUGUUAUGCAGUGUUUGUUUGCACUGGCUUCGUUGGGUUCUACUCGUGCUAUCAGUUCAUCGUUAAGAUCUACAGCUCAAUCAAGAUCGAUUAAGGGACAAGAGUUGGUCUCGGCGUUAUGACAGCCUUGAGCCGGCGUCUCUUCAUGAAACAUCUACUCCACCUGUGAAUUUGAGCCUUUAAUUAAAGAAGCAAGAGACC